AAAGAGGAAGUAAAACAAAAAAAAAAAAAAAAUACAGAAACCUUCAAACAUAGAACUUAACUAUUUAUGACAAAUUUGUCUAAAAAGGAGACAUUUAUUCAUUUUGACAACUUCAUAAAAAAACCAAAGAAUGUUCCAAGCACCAGAAUAUACAAGGACUGUGUCAAUGAGACUGUCAGAGGUCCUUGCUGAUAUUGGAGUGGAUGAGAGGAUUGUACUGAAGAGAAGGAGAGCAUACCUGCUUAGGGAAUCAAUGCUUACAAAAUCAGACCAAGUACUGGAUGAAAAUAUUUCAAACUACUAUUUUGGAAGUCAGUCUGAAGGCUCAACAACACUUGGACUUCAUUCAGAUGAAGACUUAGUGAUCUGUUUUGAUCAGAUUAAUUUGAUACAAGACUGGGCUGACUGGGAACCUGGUAAGAUGAAUAGCUUGAUGAUCCUGGAUGAGACUGUAUCACAUGGCUAUUGCAUGCUACAACAUCUUAGAUAUGAUGCUCCACUUCCAUACAAUGACGUACCUAGUGAACAUUUCUACAAAGACAGAAUAGGAAGAAUACUGGAGAAGAAUACAAUUAUAUCUACUGCAGCAGCUGAAGUUUUCGAGGAUGGAGAAAAACAUGGUCCAGCAUAUACACGAGAUGGAGUGAAUGGGUUUAUAGAGACUGACUAUGUUGUUGCCUAUCCCUGUAAAUCAUGGCCUCUGCAAGCCAGACAAUGGUUAGACCAGCAAGGUGUAGGUCAGUGGCCUUCAGAUGACAUGAAGAGAUAUUGUAGCAAUACUGGAUGUUUUGUUGUUGCUGUCGGAAGCAAGGGCAGUGAAAAUGAAGAGCUGGAAUGGAGAAUAUCAACAUCUCUAACAGAAAGGUGUCUAAUGUUCAAUCUCAGUAUUACACAGAUUCGCUGUUACGUCUUGAUGAAGAUGAUAUUAAAAGAAUUCAUCAAGCCUAAUUUCGAAAACACCAUUUCAAGUUAUAUGUGUAAAACAGUUCUAUUCCACUGUAUUGCAAAUACAAAUUCUAACAUCUGGAGAGACGAAAACUUACUUGUUUGUCUAUCAUUCUGUUUAUUUGUCUUGUACACCAGAGUUCUAAAUGAAAAUUGUCCUCAUUUUAUCAUACCUGGAAACAACUUGAUGAGAGGACAUAUUUCUCAUGAAUGUAAACCUUACAUUCUUGAAUUACUGCAGUAUAUUAUAAACAGUGAAGGCAGAGUAUUACUGGAGAUUAAAUGUGAUGAUCUUGGUGAAAGGAUUCAGAUGAAGUUAAAUAAUAAUCCAUGCCUAUUCAAAACAAGUGACAUCAUUUCAGGAAAAUUAUUAAAACCAACUGCACAGGUCAUUGCUGACAUUAUACUGGCUGGACUUAAUUUUAUUCGAAACAGUAACUAUGAAGAAGCUAUACAAACUAUUUUGUAUCUUUUCGAAUUAGUCAGUAUUUCUAAAAAAUGCCAAGGACUGGACAAAACAGCCUGCCGUCUUCUUGCUCCAUGGUUCUGUACAACUCUGGGAUCUAUCCUAGCGUCUCUCAACAUUUGUUGGUAUAAUAAUAUAGGUGCUGAAGCCCUCACCUGGAUCUCACUGGGUCUGGACACAGAUGUUGCAUCUAGUAAAUUGAAGCUAGCAUCCAUGUUAUACUGUAUAGGGGAUAUUCAAAGAGCAGAAAUUGUUCUCAGAUAUAUUGAAGGAAACUAUGAUCUAAACAUUGUUGAACCUAUUUGUUCUUGCCAUUAUCAUAUCCAACCUCUAAGAAGAGGAGUCAAUGCAAUAUUUGACAAUUAUAAUGAAGAAGAUAUAUAUCACACUACAGCAUUCUGUGUCAGAUUUCUGCCAUGUGAAAUUAACUGUGUUCCACAUGAACUAAGACAUGAAAUGUUUAGAUCUACAGAAGAAGACCUUCCCUUCAGAGGACAAGAUGAUGUCUGGAUGGACUUGGCUGUGAUAGAUUCCCUCCCUUACCUCUACUUUCUACAAUACAAAACCUACAGCAAUCUUGGGAGACAUGAAGAUAAGCAAAGAGCCCUUUCUAACCUUGCGAGAACCAUUGACCAGGAACCAGAAAUUGGACACAGGGAAACAGCCUUGAACCUACUGGGACAGUGUAUGGAACAAGAGGGUAGAGCUGUAGAUGCAUUACGUUAUUAUCUAUUAUCCUUAAAUCUAAGGGGAAGAAACAAUGCUGCCAAGUUACAUGUAUGCAGACUAUUUUUCUAAUAUAGUAAAUGCCAUUUAGUUCAAAAUGAAUGAAGAAUUUCUUUCAACAUUAAGUUGAAAAUUUCAAAAUAGAUCUAAGUAUUUAGUCUAAGUAUUUAGUUUAGUUUAAUAAUGUUGAAAUGUUAAAUUGUGUGGACGCAUUGGUCGAGAGGGCUUUCCUACUGAGGCGAAGGCCCCUGGUUUGAAUCCUGGCUACUCCCAUUGCGGUGUGUCUUUGGGCAAGGCACUUUAUCACGAUUGUCUCAGCUGACCCAGCUGUGAAUAGGUACCAGCAAAUUGCUGGGGGUAAGGUAUAAUUGGUUUUAACUGUUCUUAAUAUAGGAUUGCUAAAAAGCUCUACAGAGCUUAUGUUAACUGUUUCACAAAGAGACGAUAAAUAAAAAAAAAUACCUUUAAUGUUUUAACGUAAUUAUCACACAAGACAUAUAUAAUAGCAAAUGUACAUAAAGACAUGAAUAUACAGAUACAUAAUUAUAUAUACAACAGCGAACCAUAAAAUAUACAUAUUAAGCCACAGAAAUGUAGAUACUAUUUUUCAUGUAAAACAUAAUGUCUCCCUCUAUGUAACACAGACAUUGUAAAAUGCCAUGAAUUAGGGGCAACAAUUCCAAUGAAAAUAACUGAACCAUAACUUUCCAAUUACAGCAGAAACUCCGAACAUCGGACACUGUCCGGACCAGGUCAAAAAGUCCGGUUUUCAGAGGAUUCCGGAUUUUAGAGGAUUUUGCACAAAAUUCUGAGAUUUAUUUAUGUAUAUGAUUUAUUUCAUCUUACUGUAUCACAUUUAAUGUCUUGUAGGUUUUUUUUCUUUUCCAAAAUCUGCUUUUUACAAUAAUUAUCUCUGUUAUAUAUUAAAACUGAAUUAUUUUUAAAUGAGAAAAAAAAUCACUUAAAAUGACACUUUAUGAUUAAAGGAAUGUUUUGCUUAUUGUUUGUACACAAAUAGUCUAGCUCCUAUAAAUCAAGGAACAUGCAUCAUGUGAAUAUCGAUAUUGAAUAAUUAAUACCAAUAUCAAUAAUAAUUAAUAAGAACAAGAACUUUUUCAUAUUAUUUAAUUUAUUUAAAAAAAAAGAUGUAUUUUAUGAAAAUCAUCUGUACACCAAUUGCUCAAUUUUCAACUUCUCCCUAUUACAUUAAAAUGUUUUGCACAUUGUAAACUUACCUUUUAUAGCAAAUUUACAAAAUACACAGACAAAUGUUUUUUCACACCUACUUAGUUAACAUUUGUGAUUAUUAGUCGGUAAACAAAAAUUGUCACCUGCUUGAGAUUAUGUUUUUAAAAUCAAUUCAAAGAUCAAUACACAUAAGUUCUGACACUUACUGUCCGGUUUUCAAAGGAAUUUUUAUGUACAAUAUUUCUUUGUGGCUAUGAAAAACCGUCCGGUUUUCGGAAUUCAGAGUUUCCGGUAUUCAGAGUGCUUUUUAGCUCACCUGUCACGAAGUGACAAGGUGAGCUAUUGUGACCGCUUAAUGUCCGUCGUCAGUCUAGCGUAGUCCGUCAAUUUCUAAAAAAAUCUUCUUCUUGAAAACCACUGGGCAGAAAUACACCAAACUUCACAGGAAUGAUCCUUGGGUGGUCCCCUUUCAAAAUUAUCCAAAGAAUUGAAUUCCAUGCAGAACUCUGGUUGCCAUGGCAACCGAAAGAAAAAAACUUUAAAAAUCUUCUUCUCAAAACCCAGAUGCCCCAGAGCUUAGAUAUUUAGUGUGAAGCAUUGCCUAAUGGACCUCUACCAAGUUGGUUCAAAUCAUGACCCCGGGGUCAAAAUUGACCCCGCCCCAGGGGUCACUUGAUUUUACAUAGGAAAAUCUUAAAAAAUCUUCUUCUCAAAAUCCAGAAGCCCUAGAGCUUAGAUAUUUGACAUGUAGCAUUGCCUAAUGGACCUCCACUAAAGUUGUUCAAAUCAGGACCCCGGGGUCAAAACUGACCCCGCCCCAGGGGUCACUUGAUUUUACAUAGGAAAAUCUUCAAUUAAAAAAAAAAAAAUAAACCAGAAGGCAUAGAGCUUAGAUAUUUGACAUGUAACAUUGCCUAGUAGACUUCUACAAAAUUUGUUCAAAUCAUGACCCCGCCCCAUGGGGUUACUUGAUUGUAGAUAGAAAAAUCUUCAAAUUUUCUAAAAAUAAACCAGAAGGCCUAGAGCUUAGAUAUUUGACAUGUAGCAUUGCCUAGUGGACCUCUACAAAAUUUGUUUAAAUCUUGACCCCCCAGGUCAAACUGACCCAGCCCCAGGGGUUACUUGAUUGUACAUAGGGAAAUCUUCAUAAAUUUGCUAAAAAUAAACCAGAAGGCCUAGAUCUUAGAUAUUUGAUAUGUAACAUUGCCUAGUAGACUUCUACAAAUUUUGUUCAAAUCAUGACCCCCGGGGUAAAAUUGGCCCCGCCCCAGGGGUUACUUGAUUGUACAUCGGAAAAUCUUCCAAAAAAUUAAAAAAAAUCAUCAGUUUUACAUUUGAAACAUGUAGCUCAUAUUACUCAGAUGAGCGAACCAGGGUCAUCAUGACCCUCUUGUUUAACUGUACUUAUAAAGGAAAAACUUGGCUUUGGAAAUCGUCCGAUUUUCAGAGGAUUCCGGUUUUUCGAGGGUCCGGUUUUCGGAGUUUCUAUGUUAACUUGGCACUUAAGGCUCCACUGAAACUUGCUGGAAUUCCAACCUGUGGUAUAGGAGACAAAUUAAAGGUCAUAACUCUGUUGAUUUCGUCCGCUUAGCUCAAUGAGGAGAGAGCAAUUCUAGGGAUCGCAAGUUCGAUCCCCUGGCAAGGCAUUAUGUUCUCUGUGAUGAUUUCAUAAAAGGUACUGUGUCUGACAUAAUUCGUCCUCUAUCUCUGAUUCAUGUGGGAAGUUGGCAGUUACUUGAAUGUGGAGAACAGGUUUGUACUGGCUCAGAAUCCGGGAACACUGGUUAGGUUAACUGUACACAUUGCAUAACUAAAAUACUGUUAAAAAAACGGUGUUUAACCCAAAACAACCUAGAAUGUGUCUGUAGGACAUAGGGUGUUCCCCCCACUGGUACAUUUGCCACAAAUAAGGGGAAAUAAUUCAAAUGUUUGUAGUAUAAAUGGGGUAUAGCCUCAACAAACAUUUUAUGAAAAGGAUUCAUUAUUCUAGGCCAUAUACUUUUUGAGCUAUGAGCAUCACAAACAAUAAGGGCUAUAACUCUGCUGAAAAUAAAUGAACCAGAACAUGCCAAUGAUAUGCAAAACUAGGCUUCACAUUGAUCAUUUGUGAAGUUUGGUGAAAUUCAGUCCAAUGGUAUAUGGCAAGCAGUGUAAACACCUCUAACAUGAUAAAUCAAGGGCCAUAACUCCGCUGAAAAUAAAUGAACCAAAACAUGCCAAUAAUACGCAUAGCUAGGCUUGGCACAGGUAACUGCUGUAAGAUUUGGUGUAAAUCUUGUCAAUAUUUAUUGGGGCAUUGGGAAAUUUGAAUAAUUUUGGUAGAGGGUCAAGCAAGGAACUUUUCUAUGAAGCUAUUAUGAAAUUGGGCAGGCAAAUUAGGAAGAUCUUAUAUGCCCUCAAGUGGCAAUGUUUUCGACAAUCAGAAUAGCUCAACCAAUCUAUUAGAUUUCUUUUUUAUUGUAAAAAUGUUGUUGAAAAUAAUUAUAUAUAAGUAUCUGAUUUGUACAGAACAUUUAGAGAAAAAUACAUACCUACAAGGUUCUAUAACAAGAGCUGUCCUUACGACUUUUCUCAGUGCUGGACUAAAUCAGAGCUUUGCCAGUAAAAACUUUAUAACACUUUAACCAAAAAAAUCUGAUUUAAAAAGUGGCAUAACUCUGUCAAAAUUCUAUCAGAGUUAUGGGGUUUGUUUCUCCUGGUUUAGACUUUGAUAGUAAAUAACUAUUUUAACAUUUAAGUCAAUAGCUUUGAUAGUAGCAGAGAUAUUUGACUUAAUGAAAAACUUUUACAAAAAACUCUAAGUUAAAAAGGCGCAUAACUCUGUCAAAUUUCAAUCAGAGUUACGGGGAUUGUUUUUCCUGGUGUAGACUUUGAUAGUAAUUAAAUAUUUUAAGUUUCAAGACAAUAGCUUUGAUAGUAACAGAGAUAUCUGACUUUAUCAAAAACUUUAACCAAAAAUUCUAAGUCAAAAAGGGGCAUAACUCCAUCAAAAUUCAGAUCAGUGAUGGGAAUUGAUUCUCUUGGUGAAAACUUUGAUAGUAAAUAAUAAUAUUAAGUUUCAAGGCAAUAGCUUUCAUAGUAAUAGAGAUAUUUGUCUUUACCAAAAACUUUAACCAACGCCGACGCCAAGUCAAGUGGAAAAGCUCUACUUUUUCUUCUAAAGGUCGAGCAAAAACAACGUGUUCAAAAGCUCAAUAAAUUGCUGUCCUCAAAAUAUGCAAAUAUUACAAGAAAUAUUGCUGUUACUAUAUACAUUUUUUUUUAAUUUUCAUUUGUGUGAGUCUGGAACUGUUUAAAUGUGUGUUAUAGCAUGUUUUACGGAUUUCAUGGACAGGCAUAUAUUGUAUGUAUAUAAUAAAAGUAUUAGAAAUUAUAUACAAACCUAUUAUGUGUUUUACUAAUAUGAAUGAUGAAAUUAGUUAACAUUUACUCGAACAUCUCUUUUAUUUAAUUAUUGUUGUUUUAUUUUUUUUAUUUUCUUGGUUUUAACGUCGCACUGACACAACUAUAGGUCAUAUGGCAACUUUCCAGUUUUGAUGGUGGAGGAAGACCCAUGGUGCCCCUCUGUGCAUUAUUUCAUCACGAGUGGGCACCUGGGUAAAACCACCGACCUGCCGUAAGCCUGUUGUUGUUUGUAAAUGUUUUGUUUGUGUAUGUGCAUACAUAUUUAAUGAAGCAUGGGCCUACAUCACAAUAAAGAUUUGAUUUGAUUUAAUUACCCGUCUACAAUC